AUGUCUAUAGUAAGACUUAUUUGGGAGAAGGUUGUUAUAAAUUUUUUGUGUGAGAAACUCUUUGAAAGCAAUACAGCUUUAUCUGAAAGUGGAAUAUUUCUUGUAAAAGUGAAAACAGGAAAAAAAGAAGCAAUUAGAAAUUACAAUUACCUUUCUGAAGAUUUUGAAAGACCUCCCCAGCUGUUACCAUAUGGCGAUAAUUGUAUGGGCCGGAUAGCUGUAGAAUCUACUACUGCUGAUAAUUAUUUUGAGUGGCUUAAAGCAGUGGCAGAAUGGAAGAAAACUGAGAAUGCUCCUAACGGAUUUUGCCCAAUAUGUUACCCACCAAAUAUGACAGAACCUGAUAUUUCAAUUGCAUUUUUCUUUCUAAGAGCAGAAGAUGAUAUGCAAUUGAAUGAAGAACGAAAAUCCUAUAUUCUUAGCGUUCAGGUCAAGUUAAGAAAAAAGGCUAUUAUAAAGGAAUCAUUUACAGUCUGCGACGAAAUGAAGACUGACAACAGGACUGCGCAGGCUCAAUCCAUUCAACAUUUGUGGAAUUCUGGGAUUACGAAUGCAGCCGAAAUAAGACGUAGUACAAAUAUAUCAAGAACUGUUGAACCAAAUCGGAUGUUUAUAAACAAAAAUGGAAAGUCUAAUCCUCCUAAAGCCAAUGAUACGUUAAAUGAGAUCUACAAAGAUCAGGGCUGGUUUGAUCGUAAUAUGAAGAUGAUUGUUGUUUAUCCUUGUAAUCCUCAGAGAAAAGAUCAAUAUCAGCAAACAUCUGAUGCAUCAAGAAGAAAAAGUAUAAUACCAAGAGUAAUUAUUGACAUGGAGAAUGCAAGCACUUUAUUUCCUGAUGAUUGUCAAGAGUGGAUCCAAGAGUAUAAGAAAAAAAUCCCGGAUGAUUGGGAUUGUAGUGAUGAAAAGUGA